CGGGUAUAAAAACGAAAACAACAAAGUGGGCGUUGAAGAGAGUUUUUGGUGCUUUCUAUAACCCCAUUUUUCUUCCUGCAAACUAGUCAAAACAAUGGUGCAGCAACUCUCCAAAUCCGGAGCGAAGGAGACUCCUGUGCUGAAAGCGGGCCACCCGCCGGCAGUGAAGGCAGGAGGUAAACGAGUGGCCAAGAAAACUUUGGAAGAAAAUGCCUCCCAUGGGACCCCAGAGAAAGAGACCAAGAGGUCUGAUAAAUUGAGCCGGCCUCUCGCCACAUCCAACAGGAUGCAACAAGUUGGCAUUCUUCUGGCAGGAACUCUUGACAAGCUGAGCCACGACUUUCCAGAGACACCGGUGAGCGUGAGGCACAGCAAGGUGCGACCUGCAGUGGAGAAGCCCCACUUGCCUCGGACCUUUUUCAUCCAGCAGCCCAGGAAGUUUUGAACAACAUGUGUUUAAGAGCUCCCCCGGGGGUGGGGUGGGGUUGUGGGGUGGUGUGGUGGGGGUCCAUGUUAAGUCAGCUGUGAAAGACGCAACAUGAAGUGUUAAACGCAUGAGGGGACUCUCGGGUUGUCUGUCAAGUGUUGAUGAAAAGAAAGCUUUUGUUGAGCUUUGUAUUUAGAAGAGGGGGAAAAAUGAGUUUUUUCAGGCUGUGCUUAUGUGUGAGAAUUCUAUAAACCAGCAUUUAAUGUGCUUUUCCUAGCGUUUUCACAAAUGCUGUAGUUGCAUUUACCAGCUGAUGAAAACCAGAUGGCUUUUGGGUAUGUUUAAUGUGAUGGUCAGGGUUGUAAAGCGAGGUUUUUUUUUCCCCAGUGAAAUCUUCACUCUGUAUCGCUUGGCACUUACUAGAUUUAAUAAAAAAGAAAUUGCAUGGCA